ACCAUGAACCUGGAGCGAGUUUCCAACGAGGAGAAGCUCAAUCUCUGCAGGAAAUACUACUUAGGCGGCUUUGCUCUGCUCCCUUUCCUGUGGCUGGUGAACGUCUUCUGGUUUUUCCGAGAGGCCUUUCUGGCGCCAGCGUACACUGAGCAGCUGCAGAUCAAACGCUAUGUCCAGCGUUCGGCCGUGGGUCUCCUUUUCUGGGUGAUCGUGCUCACCGUGUGGAUCAGCAUCUACCAGACGCACCGGGCCCAGUGGGGCGAGAUGGGCGACUACCUCUCCUUCACCAUCCCCCUGGGUACCCCCUGAGGAACCUCUUCCCUCGCUGGUCGCCAGCG